ACUUUUGAAAGUACCGAAUGGGGCUUGUAGCAAAUUUUUUAUGCAUUGAAUAUGUUAUGUUGUGUAAAUAGAUUUACAGAUAACUGAAUAAACAUAAAUAAGAGAAAGAGAAAAAUAUAAAACACAAAGAAAAAUAGACAAGUUGAUGAUAAAAGUGGGAGAACCAAACUCGCGUGGAAUUCAAUAUUUAUUUAUUUGUUAUUGAUGUAAAGUUUCGUUGACAGUUGUACACAAGUAGCUGAUAGUAGCGACGAAAAAUCGUCGCGAUCCUUCAUUUUUCGUUGUCAAUAUUUUAUCAUAAGAUACGUAGACACGUGAUAUGGAUUUUUUACCAGCGACUUCGUCCUUGUUCUGGAAGAAAGUAAGAUUAGAAUCAUUUAAGGAUUGGCCAUUUCAAUCUUCCAAAGAUGUUUGUAGUCCGGAACGCAUGGCUUCUGCUGGAUUUUUUUCUAAAGCGAAUAAGGAGGAACCAGAUUUAGUUGAAUGUUUUAUUUGUUCCAAGCAGCUCGAUGGUUGGGAAUCCUCUGAUGAUCCAUGGAAAGAACAUGAAAAACAUCAAGCAUCUUGCGCAUUUGUAAAACUACAGAAACAAGAUGAAUGCCUUUGGACCGUUCAAGAAUUGUUUGAAUUAAUAAGAGUGUAUAAUUUAAAGGAAUGUGAGAAAGAAUUAGAAAACGAAAAAAUUAAAUUAAAGAAGGAAGCAGCUAAGCUCGCAGAAGAGAUACCAUUAUUGUUUAAAAGUUUGAGAAAGAAUAAGAGAGGAGGAAAUUAAUUUAAUUUAAGUUGAUUAAGUAUAAGGUAUUUUUAAAUGCAAUUUUUAGGAGAUAUGUUAUUUUUUUUUGUAAUAAAAUUUAAUAUAUAAAUAUACUCACACAUAUAUUUUCUAUUUCUUUUAUACUAAUAGCAUAUUUGCAGCAAAUUGAUAUAUCUUCUUUUUUCUUAAUUAAGAAAACAGUGAGAUUCAACGUGGUCUGAUUUUUAUAUGUAAACCUGUGGAUUAAACUAACGUUAAUAAGUUAUAUUUUUUUACAGAAUCAGUCGUAUUUUGACCGUAAAAGUUUACGUAAGGUAUCAAAGAAAAGAAAAAAAAAUAUUUUAAUUUG